AUGCCAAAUGUCUCUGAUGGUGGUAAGACGAAUACCAAUGGUUCUGAUGGUGGUAAGACCAAUACCAAAGGUUCAGAUGGUGGUAAGACCAAAACCGAUGGUUCUGAUGGUGAUGGUGGUAAGACUAAUACCAAUGGUUCUGAUGGUGGUAAGACCAAUACCAAAGGUUCAGAUGGUGGUAAGACCAAAACCGAUGGUUCUGAUGGUAGUAAGACCAAUACCAAUGGUUCUGAUGGUGAUGAUGGUAAGACUAAUACAAAUGGUUCUGAUGGUGGUAAGACCAAUACCAAAGGUUCAGAUGGUGGUAAGACCAAAACCGAUGGUUCUGAUGGUAGUAAGACCAAUACCAAUGGUUCUGAUGGUGUAAGACCAAUGCCAAAUGUCUCUGAUGGUGGUAAGACGAAUACCAAUGGUUCUGAUGGUGGUAAGACCAAUACCAAAGGUUCAGAUGGUGGUAAGACCAAAACCGAUGGUUCUGAUGGUAGUAAGACCAAUAUCAAUGGUUCUGAUGGUGAUGGUGGUAAGACUAAUACCAAUGGUUCUGAUGGUGGUAAGACCAAUACCAAAGGUUCAGAUGGUGGUAAGACCAAAACCGAUGGUUCUGAUGGUAGUAAGACCAAUACCAAUGGUUCUGAUGGUGAUGGUGGUAAGACUAAUACCAAUGGUUCUGAUGGUGGUAAGACCAAUACCAAAGGUUCAGAUGGUGGUAAGACCAAAACCGAUGGUUCUGAUGGUAGUAAGACCAAUACCAAUGGUUCUGAUGGUGAUGGUGGUAAGACUAAUACCAAUGGUUCUGAUGGUGGUAAGACUAAUACCAAAGGUUCAGAUGGUGGUAAGACCAAAACCGAUGGUUCUGAUGGUAGUAAGACCAAUACCAAUGGUUCUGAUGGUGUAAGACCAAUGCCAAAUGUCUCUGAUGGUGGUAAGACCACUACCAAUGGUUCUGAUGGUAGUAAGACCAAUACCAAUGGUUCUGAUGGUAGUAAGACCAAUACCAAUGGUUCUGAUGGUGAAUUUGCCCAGCAAUUACGGUAG